AUGUCAAGCUUUCCCCGCUUCCCCUCACCACCGCCGACGUACGACGCUCCCUCAGCCCAAUUCGCAGCAAGCUCAUCCACGCUGCAACCAUACCUAGCUCUCCCCCAUCUCCUCUCCUUAACAUGGCUCGCGUACCCGAUCCUUUCUCUGCUCAUGGUCGUGUUUCAGCUACAGCUCUCUCUGGCUUCAUCGAAGGAUGCAGUAGCCAGUGCCAAAGACGGUCUCCUGGCCAGCUGCAAGGCUGCGGAACGCGCAGCAACAUCCACCGCUAGUAUUCCUCGCUACAUGGCAUUGGCCACGAAUGAACAAUUUGUCGACGCAGUCAACGGAACACUGAGAGCCGCUCGCGCCACCUUGGUGCUAGCACUGACGAUCAUGGAGGUCGUGAUAAAUUUCAUUAUCGACAUUUAUCGAUCGACUUUCCUAUGCUUCCUCGAGCUGAUCGUUCGAGGUGUUCUCUCGAUCCUCAUUUCCGCAGUCCAAGAGUUCAGCAAUCUCGUUUCGGCCGCGGCCAAUGGCAUCAGCUCAACUUUGCAAAGCCAAAUUCAGAACGCAAAUUCUGUUAUCCGAACGGCCAUCGAUGCAAUCAAUAAAGUUAACCCAUUCGACGACAUUAGCGUUCCGCAGAUACCCAUUCCGGACCUUUCUGCCUUGCAGAAUGUCCAGCUACCCACGGACUUCCAAGACGCGCUCACCAAGCUCAACUCAUCGUUGCCUACCGUUGCUGAACUCAAGGACAAGGUCGAAGAUGUUGUCAAUCUGCCCUUCGAACUGCUGAAGAAGGAUAUCAACGACACUUUUGCGGCUAUCUCAUUCAACUCCUCGACAAUGCCUGUUCCCCAGCAGAACACUGUCAACUUUUGCUCUGACCUUGACCUUACCAUCGUGGAUGAUCUUGGCCGCGACCUCAUUCGCAUCGCCAAAAUUGGAACAAUCGUGUUAAUCUUGUUGGCCCUCCUCUUGAUUGGCCUCAACUGCCUCCUCGAGUGGUUCAAAUGGGUUAGCAUGAAGCGCCAUCUGGAAUAUACACGCCAGGCCUGGGUGUCGGAUCCGACCUUGUAUCACUCUGGGCCACCCGCCGUUACCUCUAACGGUGCCCCGAACGUCACGCUUUCCGACCACAAUCUGCUCAUGCUCCAGUCCAACAUGGCCCACCCCCUCCUGACUCGUAUCACCAACAAUUUGGCAGCGCGGCUUCGUCUCUCGCAAGUUCAGCACACGCAUCUGCAAUGGUUCUUCCACUACAUCUUCCACCCGCCUGCCCUUGCGUGUCUGCUCAUCGGCUUCAUCGGCCUGAUGUCCAUCCAGAUUCAGCUCAUCGCGAUCGGCGCAAUCGAGACAAAGUACCAAAACGCAGCCGCAGACACGACUUCGGAUUUCACGAACACGAUCGCCACUUCAAUCAGCGAUAGCAUGCACGCUCAAUCCGCUGCGUAUGCCGCUGACGUCAAUCUCCGCGUCGAUGGCAUCCAAACUACUAUCAACGAUGGCAUGUUCGGUUGGGUCAAUGUCACUACUACAGAGCUGAACACAACGAUCGUGAAUUUCUAUGCCGGCGUCCAGGACGUAGUGCAAACUGUCUUCAAUGGCACUAUCCUCGAGUCUCCCGCAAACGAAUUCAUCCGCUGCCUCAUCGGAACCAAAGUCGAUGCCAUUGAGAGUGCCCUGACGUUCUUACACGAUAAUCUACGAGUCGAUCUCCCUCGCAUGAACGAUUCGGCCUUGGUCCUUUCUCCUACCUCGGUAGACGAAGCUGCGAGACCCAUUGCGCUUGCUGCCAUUGGCGGAAGUGACGGUGCUAACGGCGACGACCGAGGCCUGUUUGGCAAAGUGAUCGAUUCAUACGCCAACGGUCUCAGGAAGCAAAGGCUGAUAUUCGCUAUAUUCUUGAUACUCUGGGGAUUGGUCGUCCUCAUGGCCCUCUGUGUCAUUUUCUGGCAUUCCUACGGCAAGGCUUUCGUUGAGCGAAGGGGCCGGGGGAGGUGGCAACGGGAACAAAGGAGCGGCUUCGAGGACAUUGUUGUUCCUUUCCGGUCUAACGACGCUGGGAACGAAAAGGGAUCUGGAGGGGUACAAGGGCAGUUGGCGCCUGGCAACCAGCUACCUGCCUUCACCCCCAUUCCUUCUCCGCGCCCACCUGGCGUUUUCUCUCCGACUUUGCGCAGCAAUAACUCUUCACCGCGCCCCGGGAACGUCAACAAGGAGAAAGACGCGGAGAAGAGCUGGGAUAGCUUCUUCGAAGCGAAACAAGAAUCCAAAUUCUCCGGCAUGAUCUCCUCUUUCGCCUCACGCACUCGCGCGAGGACUAUCAGCGCCCCGAAGAGGCUCAUGGCCAUUGGCAAGAAACCGGUUCCCGCUGAAGAUCGCGACAACGCCGACGGCCCGUCGCUCUCUAACCGCAUCCGAGGCAUUCUUGCUCCUGCACCUCGUUCCCGAGCGCGUCCCAACUUGACGAUCUCUGUCGACAGGGCUUCCUCCAUCAGACCAGACGGCGUAGGCAUCGACAGGGAAGAUUCAGCACCCAAGUCAGCUUGGUCGGCCUCUCCUACCACGCCUUACGAGAAGAAGCCUCAUGUCACUACGCCCUCCGCUGCUUCCGUCGCUAUUCGACCUUCCUUGCCGUGGACGAGAAACAUCGCGUCUCCUCCGCCAUUGCCCCUUCGAGUCAUGAAUCCUUCGGUUCGUUCUAGUUCCAAUGGUUCCAUCGGAAGCCAACGAGAGGAAGAUCGACCUCGGCACAACGCCAAUGUUCCCUCAGAUGUGACCGCCGCCUCUGUUCACGACUUGCUCUCAAAUCGCGUGCAAACUCCCGGACUCGCCCCUCCUCUCCAUUACGGAUACGGGAACUCGGGCAUCGACUCGCGUCACCCGCCUCUCCAGCCUCGCGGGCUGAUGCCGCCUGUUGACAAGCACCGACGGUCGAUGUCCGUUCCCGUGUCUGCCAUCUCUGACGCUGACGGCGCGACCCCCGUAACGAAGAUGCUCUCCACCACACAUGCACGCAAGUCGUCGUCAGUCAACCCCUUCGAAGGCACGAAUCCAUUCGAAGGCGCUACGCCGAGCCCUGGUUCAGAGUCCGUGCAGAACCCCUUCGACCGCUCUCCUAUGCCCAAUGUAAAUCCGUUUAUGACGCCGUUUGACGACGAGCAUCGCGUGAAGAUCAAUCACGCGAAGCCGAUGGAUAUCCGUAAGAGUAUCCCGACGAAUCCUUUCGGCGCCAUAGCGCUCUAG